UUGCCUAUAUAAACCCAACGAAUGGCUACUUAUUUUCCUCCCCUCCUUCCUUCUCUUCUUUGCAAAUAUUAUACACAAAAAACACUUUCACUGCAAAGAUAAAGUCUCUUUGUGUAUCUUCAUUUUUUUCUCUCUGAUCAUCCCCAUUUGAUUCUUGUUUCUUUAGGCCAAAAUGGAAUAUGGGCAUGUUCAGAGGUCAAAGUACGACUGUCUUCUUUUUGAUCUAGAUGAUACUCUUUAUCCACUUAGUACUGGUUUGGCAACUAGUGUUCGCAAGAAUAUUGAAGAUUAUAUGGUUGAAAAGCUUGGUAUAGAACGAAGCAAAAUUGCUGAAUUGGGUAAUUUACUGUACAAGAAUUAUGGAACUACAAUGGCAGGCCUCAGGGCAAUCGGCUAUGAUUUCGACUAUGAUGAGUACCAUAGUUUUGUCCAUGGUAGAUUACCUUAUGAAAAUUUGAGGCCUGACCCUGUUCUGAGAAGUCUUUUGCUUAGCGUACCCAUCCGCAAAGUUAUCUUCACUAAUGCUGAUAAGGUCCAUGCUAUCAAAGUUCUGAGUAAACUUGGAUUGGAAGAUUGUUUUGAAGGGAUACUAUGCUUUGAGACACUGAAUCCAAUUCACAAGAGCACUCCAUCAGAUGACGAAGACGACAUUGAGUUUGUUGGUUCAGCCACAUUGGCCUCCAACGCUGCUGCUAUUAACGGCACUGAGAUCUUCGACAUUAUUGGACAUUUUUCUCAACCUAAACCUGGAUCAGUGUUGCCAAAGACACCAAUUGUUUGCAAACCUUCAGAAGUUGCUAUAGAACGGGCUUUAAAGAUAGCCAACAUCAACCCUCACAGAACACUUUUCUUUGAAGAUAGUGUUCGUAACGUUCAAGCUGGCAAGCGUGUAGGUCUUGAUACAGUAUUGGUUGGAAAUUCCCAAAGAGUUGUAGGUGCAGAUUAUGCGUUAGAAAGUAUCCACAACAUAAGGGAAGCAUUACCACAACUUUGGGAAGUUGACAGGCUGGCUGAAGUUAACUACUCUGGUGUUGCUGUCGAGACAUCUGUCACAGCUUAGUAUAUCAUCAUCAUGCAUGUACUGCUGUAGUUGGGAGAUUAAAAAAAAUCAAGAAUGAUUAUGGGAAGAUCCAAAUUUCCUGUCAAAUUGAUUUAAAUGAUGUAGAUGUUUUGUUGUCAUUAUCAAUUAAGUAGUAGUCUAUUACUUCCUUUCAACUAGUGAUCAUCCAAUCCACAAAUCUUGUAAAUAAACUCUCCCUUCUGUUUCUCCAUUCUAUUUUUAUCAGUCUACCUUUCUAUGAUUAUAUAAUAAAGUUGAAUUAUUAUUAUUCCAAAGGAUAAA